AUGGUUUCGUCCUCCCAGAAUCCUUUGGUUGUAGCAUCAUGGCGGCGUCCAGUCGGCACCUUGGAUAUUAUCUUCACAGAAAUAGUCGUUUUUUGCUAAAUCAUGUUGAGCGGUUGUUGCGUCGCAGAACUUUCUGCUCGACUUCAACUCUGAGACAGCAAAUUACUGAAGCUGAGAAAGAAUCUGCAGAGCCCAUUAUCAUUCCCAAGAAGAAAACAUGGAGCAAGGAAUCUGUACUGGAAGUUCUGGCUGCAACUGUGAAUAGAGACCCGACAGCGUAUCCAUACCAGUACCAGGAUGAUCCCUAUCUCACUCCGAAGAACAUUUCUGAAUGUGAGAACUUCUCUUUCGCUCAGGACUCUGGCAGAUUUGCAGCCAAAUACAUCAUCAACAACAAUCCCAACUUGUUCAACAAAGACAUCGCUGAGCCACAUAUUCCAUGUCUGAUGCCAGAUACGUUGUCAUUAUGUAUUGAGGAAGUGAGUGAGGAGGCACUGAAAGAAAGAAUCAAACUAAGAAGAGUUCGCAAUGCCGUUGACAUGUACGAUCAACUGCUGCAAGCUGGUACCGUGCUUUCCAUGGAAACAAUCCAUGAGCUGCUGGACCUCAUCUGUCUGUAUUGUGACAAAGACCCUAUCCAGGAAGGCGACCCCGAAAUGGAGGACCUGGAGGAGUCAGAAGAGGAGGGGCAGAAAAGGAAUGAAAAGGGCAAUCGAGCAUCAAAGAAUAAGACAUUUAGCUGGAGAGAAAACAACAACGCAGAGAGAAUCUUUAACUUGCUGCCAGAGAGAGAUGUGCGAUGUUAUUCUGCUCUGAUUAGAGGCAUGGUGAAGCAUGGAGCCCAUAAAAAAGCCUUCAGCUUGUACACAGACAUGAUGAACAACAGACUGACAGCUGAUGUUCACACCUUCAACGCUCUGAUCUCAGCAGCUCCACACAUCAAAGAAAAUUACAUGGACAAGCGUGACCUCAUCAUUGAACUGUUGAAGCAGAUGAGUCAACAGAAAGUUAAGCCCAACCUGCUGACAUUUAACAGCAUCCUCAGCAGUCUGAGACGGUGUGGCUUGUCAGCAAAAACAGAGGCGCUGGCUCAGCACACCGUGAAUGAGAUGAAGGCUUUGGGCAUCGUUCCCAGCCUGGCCACUUAUCACUACAUCCUGUUCAUCUUCUGUAAACGCGGGCUGCCUCUGUGCACCAACACUGAGGUUCUGCAGGAAGUGCUGUCAGAGCUGGAAGGACGGAACCUCAGCUGCCAGGAUCUUGAUGACGUGAGGUUCUUCUCUGAGGCAAUGAAAUUGUGUCUGCAUAAUAAAGACCUGGAGCUGGCUUAUAAAAUCCAAGAGCUUGUGAACGUGGGGGAGAACUGGAAGCUUCUCGGACCCCGAAAGCUGAGUGCUUCUUUCUAUGGUCAGUUCUUCAGCCUCUUGUGUAUGAUGGAGAACAUUGAUGUCGUGUUGAAGUGGUUCAGGCAGCACGUUCCCUCGGUGUAUUUCCCAACGUCUCAGACAUUGUAUGAACUGAUGGAGGCUCUGGACGCUGACAGUCGCCUGGACUUGCUGCCGGCCAUGUGGGCAGAUAUCCAGACUUACGGUCAUCAUAAUAAAUCAGAUGUGGUGGAGCAGCUGCUCCGCCUGAUGGCAAGAGAUAAACACACUCCUGAGGUUCGGGAUUCUUUUGCAGCAUGCGCUCUGGACGUGAAGCGUCUGUUUGAUGGCAGCGACAGGAAAAUUCAACUGAAAUGGACCAACUCCUCACUGACAAACCUGACCACAGUGCUCCUCAAAGCCAACAAGACCCAGCAGACCUGGGAGAUUCUGCAGCUGUUCAAAGCCAACAACAUCGUCCCUCCGGAGCAGCUGAUGGAGGACUUCCUGUCGGUGUGUCAGCACUCUGGGUCUGCAGCUGCAGCGGUGGAUGCGGUUCAGCUCUCUGCAGCCUGGUGCCUGCCUAUAACCUCGAAGCUUGCACAGCAAACCCUGGCCGCGUUUGAGCUGAAUGAGGAUCAGAGAGCUGUUGUAACUGAACUGGAGUCUGCAGGAGAACUGAUGGAAUGAGGAGACGACGACAACGACAAACAACGUCAUUUACCGAACAAUAAAUGAGAUUCAUAUGAAACCUGACCAGAACUUUACUCACAGUUGACUUGUUUCU